AUGCAGCGCAGCUCCUCGCUGCCCGUCGCGGGCGCUUUGCCGCCAGCGGAGGGCUCGCGACUAGUGGAGGGCACGCUGUAUGUGGGCCGAGAACAGAGAGGGCCCCUGGAGUGGUUGCCAAUGCGCUUUGCGCACAACUCCGACGGCUCUUUGUCCUUUUGGUCCUCGGCCAUCGGGGAGGCGUUUCUGGACGCGGACUGGACGCAGCCCUUUGCCGUUGCGCCCUGGAAGCCGGUGACCAGUGAAGGACGGCUGCUGCACCCCUUUAGCCUCAGCUACGCGCCGCUGCCCGGCCGGCCCAGCCACAAGGGGCUGCCAGAGCCGAUGCCCAGCACGGAGCGCCGGCUGCUACUGCUGGCGGCCACCGGCAAGGCGCUCAGGGCCAGGUGGCUGUCCAGCCUGGCGCGGAAGGUGGGCAUGGCGCAGCCCCUUGCCGAACAGGGACGCUCAAAAAGAGUCUCGAAGGGCAGGGCGUUUUGGGCGCUUUGA